CGCGCGCUGCGCCGCGAGGCCAACCUCAAGUGCCUCAUGCUGACCCUGCUCAUCCUGGGCUGCUGCGCCGCCGUCACCUGGUGCAGGCUCGCCGAGGUCACCCGGGUGAUGCUGCCGCGCCACCGGCUGUCCUCGUCGGGCACGCCCUGCGAGGCGGGCUACCUCUACAUUCCAGUGUGCUUCCUGGCGCUGCUGUACCUCGUCUACCUGGCCGAGUGCUGGCACAGCCGGGCGCAGCUGUCCCUGCAGGGCCACGCGCAGAGCCUGGCCGAGGUGCUGCGCUUCGUGCAGCAGAUGCGCGCCGCCGAGCCCGUCGUCUGGUGGAAGGCCGUGUGCUACCACUACGUGCGGCGCAAGCGGCAGGUGACGCGCUACCGCCACGGUGAGGGCUACACCGCCACGCAGGUGUACUACGAGCGCGUCAACACGCACGCCGCCGCCUCCGAGUUCCACGCCGCCACCUGCGGCGUCCGCGACAUCUCCAAGGACCUGGUGCUGGACCCGCCGGCGCCCGUCACCCGCAUCCGCUUCAGCAAGGGCUUCGCCUUCUCCAACGUGGAGGCCGCGGCGGACUUCGAGGAGCAGCGCGCGCGCUUCUUCUCGGAGCACGAGCGCUUCGACGACUACAUGGAGAUGCGCGAGGGCCUGGACCUGAGUGGCGUGCCGUGCUUCCGGGAGCUGGUCGUGGCGUACCGGGACCGGAAGCCCUGGUACUUCCGGCCCGCCGUCUUCUGGGCCGCCAGCCUGCUGCUGCUGUCCUGGCCGGUGCGGCUGCUGCAGGAGUACAACACGGCGCACGUGCACUACCAGGUGACGAAGCUGUUCGGCGGCAACUACGACGGCGGCGUCCCCGUGCCGGGCGGGGGCGGCGGGGGCGCGGCCACCGCCACGGACUGGCUGGGCGGCCGCCUGUCGCACGGCUCCACGAUGGACUCGGGCGAGUGGGACUCGUGCAUCCGGGAGAACUGCGCCCUCAUCCCCAGCUACUCCGAGGCCCUGCUCAUGGACGAGGGCGGCGUGGACGGCGACGCGGCGGACGACGCGGACGAGCAGCGGUCGCUGGUGAACGCAAGGGACGCCGACGACGAG